AUGGCAUCUACAUCCAGCGCUACAUCUACGACAACAAGUAGCGCAGCACCGUCCCGAUCUGUGCUGUUUGCUCGGGGAACUAUCGCCCGUCUGGCUGUGUGGCCCGCACUGCGCGUAGCCGUCGAGCAGGGCUGGGGUGGACCCGCAUCUGCUGAGAAGCGCACCUGGCUCGCAUCCGUGCUCGUCGACGCUUUCGAGGAGACUCAUCCCACUCCCGAUGCGGAGUAUGUCACGGAGAUGCUGCUACAGAUAAUGGAGGACGAAUUCGACUGCAACUUAGAAGAUGAUAGCGUGGAGGGCGUCGCGCGCGAUGUGGUGAAAAUGUGGGAGGAUGCAGAGGCGGGGAGAGAAGAGCACAUAAAAGCGUUGGAGCAGCAGGCAGAGAAACUGAGGGGAAGGAAGAUCGACGUAAAGGUAGAAGAUGCGAUUGCGGAAGGGAGCGAUUGGGAGGAUGACGAGGAAAGCGGCGAUGAAGACGUCGAGAUGGAGGAUAGUGAUCAAGCGCCAACCUUGGUGCCUGCGAGAGAAGCACCGACGAAAGAAGAACCUGAGGUGGAUGAAGAUGGCUUUACCCUCGUCAAAAGCAAGGGUAAAGGGCGACGAUGAACCAACGCCCUCUAUGGUAGUGGACUCGAUCGAAAAAUAGCUAGGCUGUCGCUGCCGAUCUAACCUCGGCCUGACAUUACUAUAUGCCAACGAGAUGGUGAAAUCGCCGCAUGGCACACAAUCACUUGACGCCUAUGCAUGGCUUUGUGUCGCGCCAUUGACGCGCUAGUCUACGCAAGGCCCGAUGAUACUGCAUCCAUUGACGUUCAAAGUGCUAUAUUGCGGCGGACUUGAACGCCGUUAUAUGUAUAAUCCAU